ACCACCGCCACUCCUCAUCAUCUCUCUGAGUUCUUCUCCCUUUCCCCGCCUUCGACUCUAGUCUCCCUCUCUCUGUCUCUGUCUCUGAGAUGGGUGCCAGCGGAAGGGACUCCGAGCUGCUGCAAUUCAUAGAGGACGCUACCAAGAAUGCUGACCAGAUGCAGCGGCGGGUUCUGGCUGAGAUCCUCAGCCAGAAUGCGCACACUGAAUACCUGCAGCGCUACGGCCUUGCCGGCUGCACCUACCGCGAGUCCUUCAAGAAGAAGGUCCCCAUGGUCACCUACGAUGACAUCAAGCCUGAGAUUCUGCGCAUCGCUAAUGGCGAUCGCUCCCCCAUCCUCUCCUCCCACCCCGUAUCGGAGUUCCUUACCAGCUCCGGAACGUCCGCCGGCGAAAGGAAGCUCAUGCCGACGAUCCAGCAGGAGCUGGAUCGCCGUCAGUUCCUCUACGACCUCCUCAUACCCGUGAUGAACAAGUUCGUGCCAGGCCUGGACAAGGGCAAAGGUCUGUACUUCCUGUUCGUGAAGACGGACACCAAGACGCCGGGAGGGCUGCCGGCGCGCCCGGUGCUGACCAGCUACUACAAGAGCGAGAUCUUCAAGCACCGCAAGUUCAACCCCUACCUCGUCUACACCAGCCCCACCGAGGCCAUCCUCUGCUCUGACUCCUUCCAGAGCAUGUACUCGCAGAUGCUCUGCGGCCUCGUCCAGCAGGAGCAGGUCCUCCGCGUCGGCGCCGUCUUCGCCUCCGGCCUCCUCCGCGCCAUCCGCUUCCUCCAGGUCCACUGGCAGGAACUGGCCGACGACAUCGAGCGCGGCACCAUGAGCUCCCGCGUCACCGAGCCAUCCAUCCGCGCCGCCGUGGCCAAGUUGCUCCGGCCGAACCCGACGCUGGCUCGCUUCGUCCGGGAGAAGUGCUCGGACCCCAAUUGGGAAGGGAUCAUCACCAAGAUCUGGCCCAACACCAAGUACCUGGACGUCAUCGUCACCGGCGCCAUGGCUCAGUACAUCCCCACGCUCAAUCACUACGGCGGCGGGCUGCCCCUCGUGUGCACCAUGUAUGCCUCCUCCGAGUGCUACUUCGGCCUGAACCUGAACCCCAUGUGCAAGCCGUCGGAGGUCACCUACACCAUCAUGCCCAACAUGGGCUACUUCGAGUUCCUGCCCCACGACCCCAACCGGCCGGAGCUGAGCCACGCCGAUCUCGUCGACCUCGCCGACGUGGAGCUCGGCAAGGAGUACGAGCUUGUCAUCACGACGUACGCCGGGCUGUACCGCUAUCGAGUCGGCGACAUCCUCCGGGUGAGCGGCUUCCACAACGCGGCCCCCCAGUUCAAGUUCAUCCGCAGGAAGAACGUCGUCCUCAGCAUCGACUCCGACAAGACCGACGAGGCGGAGCUGCAGAAGGCGGUCGAGGCCGCAUCGAACCGGCUGAUCAAGGACUACGGCACCCGUAUCGUGGAGUACACGAGCUACGCCGAUACCAAGACGAUACCGGGACACUACGUCGUGUUCUUCGAACUGGCGUCGGAGAGCGGGCCGGUGCCGGAAGGGGUGAUGGAACAGUGCUGCCUGGACAUGGAGGAGGAGUUCAACUCGGUGUACAGGCAGGGGAGGGUGUGUGACCAGUCGAUCGGGCCGCUGGAGAUAAGGGUGGUGAAGAGUGGGACGUUUGAGGAGCUGAUGGAAUAUGCCAUCUCCAGAGGCGCCUCCAUUAACCAAUACAAGGUCCCUAGGUGCGUUAGCUUCACGCCCAUCUUGGAGCUUCUUCACUCCAGGGUUGUGAGCUCACACUUCAGCCUCGCCUGCCCACAUUGGACUCCAAAUCGCCGCCAAUAUUGAUUUACUGUUUACUCGUCUUUCAUAAAUAUUUGUUUUGUUAGUGUUUCUUUUUGUUUUCUCUUGAAAGUAAAUUCUGUCAAAAAUGUUGUUGAGCGAGCAUAUAGUGUUGCAUCAUCUUUCUGUCUCAGUUAAAUGAUUAACAUAAUAUGUCCCGUUACCUUCUCCA